AUGUCUACCGCGAAAGUCUUGACAGUCGGCUCCGCUGUCGGUUCGAUUCGCGAACUCUUUGCCAAGAUUGAGUCCAUUGACAAAAAACACGGCAAGUUCGACUUCGUACUUUGCCUGGGAGAUUUCUUCGGCCCGCCCAAAGGUGCGGAGGAGGCAUAUGAGGACGACCAUGAGAUCAUGCAGCUUCUGAAUGGGAGGUUAGAAGCUCCCGUGGAAUGCUACAUAAUGCAAGGCGAGCAUGCCCUCCCCGCACCAGUGAUCGAGAAGUUCGCGAAGACGGGAGGCGCACUCAGCAAGAACGUCUUCCUCCUUCACAAGUCGGGGGUGUUGACAACCCCGCAAGGCAUUCGUAUCGCGUGUCUCGCGGGAACAUACAACUCCAAUGAGUACGCUUCUUCUGACUCUGCUCCGGGCUUUGCAUCUCCCCAUUUCACCGCUCAAACAGUCGAGAAACUCCUUGCGAACACCAUGACCUCCUCGAAGCCCGCUGACAAGAACUACAUCUCCCUCGCCGCCAUCGCCGGAUCUUCCGCUUCCUCUCAGCUCGUCGACAUCCUCAUCUCUAACGCUUGGCCGGCCGGCAUCGACGGCUUCUCCGCUGCACCCCUCCCGGCCCCAGAACUCUCGGCAAUUGGGGUCCGUCCCGUCGCCGACGUCAUCCGGAAAACGAAACCGCGUUACCACUUCGCGGCAGGUGGCGGGAAGCCGGCCAAGUUCUGGGAGCGAGAGCCGUAUGUGUGGGACGAGGACAACGGGCGCGUCAGUAGAUUCGUGAGCGUCGGGGCUUUCGGUGGGGAGCAGGGUCCAGGGAAGAAACCAAGGUGGUUCUACGCCUUCUCCAUUGCGAGGCUCUCGGCGACAAGCGAGUCUCAGCCCAAACCCGCAAACGCAACGCUCAAUCCAUUCACGAACCGGCCGCCGAAGCGUCCUCUGGAGUUUGGUGUGCAGCGCGACGGAAAGCGGAGCAAAAUCGACGGUCCUCCUGGAAUGCCUCCAACAGGAUACAAAUGCAAGAUCUGUGAAUCUCCAGAUCACUUCAUUACGGACUGUCCUGAUAGGGAGAAGCCCCACGAAGGCUAUGUGUGCAGGAUAUGCAAAGAGUCUGGGCACUUUAUCCGUGACUGCCCAACAAAGAAUGCGGUAGGCGACACUGGCGGUCGCAAACCUCGUGAAGGAUACGUUUGCAGAGCGUGUGGGAGCGAGCUACACUACAUCGAAGACUGCCCAGCCGCCAAGCAAAUGGGCGGACGACAAGGGAGACGACCUCCACCCAAAGAGAUUGCCCCGGAUGAGUGUUGGUUCUGUUUGUCGAAUCCCAACCUCGCGAAACACCUCAUCGUCUCCAUCGGGACUGAGUGCUAUGUCACCCUUCCAAAAGGUCAAAUCAUCCCAACUCACCUGGGUGCCGAUCACCCGAAUACGCCCAAAGUCCCCGGCGGAGGCCAUGUUCUCAUCGUCCCCAUCACCCACUACCCAACCUAUCUCUCCAUUCCUCCCGACCUCUCCCAACCGAUCGUCUCAGAAACAGAGAAGUACAAGUCAGCCCUGCGAGCGAUGUUCGCGAAGAACGGGGCUGUGGCGGUGUCCUUUGAGGUUGGACGCAUGAGCGCAAAAGGCGGGCACGCGCACGUUCAAGUCGUUCCCGUACCGAACAACCUCAAGGACAAGGUCGAGCAGGCGUUCAGAGACGAGGCUGCCUUGGCUGGUGUCGCAUUCGAGGAGGACGCGGAAGAGGCGCUGAACGCGGCUGCCGGCGGGCGUGGAGGAUACUUCCGAGUCGACUUGCCGGAUGGGAGGAAGCUGGUGCACCUCAUGCGGGAGCGGGGACCGUUCAGCAUACAGUUCGGAAGACAAGUGUUGGUCGGCCUGCUUGGGAUGGGAGACAGAUUCGACUGGAAAGCUUGUACGCAGCGGGAAGAGGACGACAUGGAGGAUGUACAGGCGUUCAAGGCUGCGUUCGCGCCUUUCGACCCGUCGCUCGAGUAG